CACUGCCUAACAAACUCAGCCAACAAGUCCUCUUCUUGAAAUAACAACACACACACACACACAUAAACUCUUAUUACACAUCAACCAUCAACAUGUCUCUGCACUACCUUCCCCCCGUCAAGCCUUCGGCCGUUGCCCUGGGUCUUGUCUUCAACCAGACCGUUGAGACUGCUGUUCUCGCACCAGUCUUCGGCGACUCAUAUCGACGAGCCAAGCGCGCCGAUUCUGCAGAGGAAUUCUUCAAGAGCAAGGAGGCAACCAGCACUGGCGUGGCUCUGGGCACAUCUUUUGUCGGUAGCCUCGCACAGAGCUACGCGGUCGGUGCCCUCAUCAACGCCACCGGUACUCUCUCCUACAAGGGAGCUACAUACCUCGGCGGACUGAUCUUCCUUGCCACCUCUGCCCCAACUUACAUCUCACAAAUCUUCCAAGAGAAGCGCCCUCUCGAGACCGUCGGUGUCUCUGUUGUCGCCAAGGUCUUCGAGACCGUGGGCCUGGCCUGCUUCCUCACCUGGUGGGGCACCCGCACCAACCCUUUCGAGUAAUGGAUUCGAAUAAAGGAAGCCUGUCCACUACACGUUUGGAUGUAGUUGAUUGUCGGGCAAGUGUGCUGGGAACUAAGGAAACUGGGGAAUAGGGGUUUUCGGCGCGUCAAGGUCGGCUUGCAGCAUUAGUUUUCACAUGAUAAUAUAGGGUGAUUGGCAGUGCAGAAUGUGGUUUCCAGUCCUUCUCGUGUUACCUGCUUGUCGUGAUUUAUCCGCAUCGAACAUACGUCAGUACUUCAAAUACAUGUUGGGACAUGCGUUCGCCCAGGUCGUGCC